AUGACUGACCCUCCGCCACCUUCAUCCCGCUUUCGAGUUCCAAUCAGUCUGAUGCAGUCCUUGGGGAGCCUCACUCCCAACUCCUCUAUUGGCGGAUCGAGUCAGAUGGAUCCGUCAGCCUUGGUAAGGAACCAACAAACUCCAACCAUUGUCACUAAUACACCAAACUCUUCUAUUAAUGCAGGUGGACAGGUAACCUUAACGACACCAAAAGCCCAGACAAUUUCAGACAAUGGGCAGACAGCUCAAGGGGUUAACCUCCCCUCCUCCGGUGAUGGUAGACAGCCCACCACCUUGGAGCAACGAGUUACGACAGGCGAGGCAGCCCGCCAGACGGUUAGCGCAUCCCCAAUUGCAGAUCCGGGUUUGGCCCGCAAGCUAGCCGAGAUGGAAGCCCUCAUUCAGCGUAUCCCUGGAAUGCCUGCUCCUAUCAAGAAGAGUGCCGCAAGCUGCUACGCCGACUCACCAUUUGUCGAUGAGAUAGCUUUAGUGGAGAUGCCUAAGAAAUUUAGCUUCCCCAACAUGAAGAUGUUCGACGGGACAUCUGACCCAGACGACCACAUCGCCCAAUAUCGACAAAGGAUGUUCACCGUGGCCAUUCCACGUGACAUGAGGGAAGCAUGCAUGUGUAAGGGGUUUGGUUCGAGUCUAAUCGGACCAGCCCUCCAGUGGUAUACUAAUUUGCCUAAUAAUUCUAUUAAAACUUUUGCACAACUCACUGAUACUUUUGUUGAGCAGUUUGCCAGUAGCAGGAAAUUAGAGAAGCAAUCAGAAGACCUUUACGUCAUCGUCCAACGACGUGGGGAGGCACUGAGAGAUUACGUGGGGCGCUUCAAUAAAGAAAAAGUGUCUAUCACCAAUUGUAACCAACACACAGCCAUCUCAGCUUUCCGCAAAGGACUUCGCUACGACUCAGAUUUAUACAAAGAACUCACCAAGUACCCCUGUAAGACUAUGGAAGACGUCCUCGCCAAGGCAUGGGCCCAAAUCAAGUGGGAAGAAGAUGAAGUCAACUACUACAGAUCCUCUCCAAGAAAAGAGACUCGCAGAGAUUCUAGAGUAGACAGACGGCACAACGACAAACGGUCUGAGCCAUACCCGACUUCUAACAAGUCAGAGAACCGAAGAAGGGAUUACAACCGGCCCACUGACACAUAUCCUCGAAGUGGACCGAAGAUGCCCGAGUACAACUUGUCCAUCUCACCUGCUGAGGCUGUUCAAGUACUUAAGGGGCUUGGAAGCAAAGUAAAGUGGCCUGAGAAGAUGAGGACUCCAGCUGAGCAGAGGGACAGAAGCAAGUGGUGUGACUUCCACAACGACCAUGGCCACCGGACUGAAGAGUGCAUUGCCUUAAGAUUAGAAGUAAUCAACUUGCUAAAACGGGGCCACUUAGUCGACCACCUCACCGACAAAGGAAAGAAGACUUACCAGGGUCAGAGGGACACGAUAGACAACCAGAGGGACAUAACACCGCCCAGGCCACCUGUUCAUGAGAGAACGGUCAACGUAAUAACAGGUGGCUCAGAAGUAAGUGGAGUCACCCAGUCAGCUGCAAAGAAACAUGCACGUCAGGCUAACUGGACCAAAGGGGAGACCAGCAGAACAUCUUCCUUACCGGAGCAAACCAUCAGCUUCACGACAUCAGAAUCAACUAGGCUUCUUAACCCUCAUCAUGAUGCUCUUGUUAUUUCACUUUAUAUAGCUAACUGUUUGACUAAACGUAUACUUGUCGAUAAUGGCAGUUCAGCUAACAUCCUUUUUUUGAGUGCUCUCAGGGAAAUGGGAAUUGACGAAUCCAAAAUUGUGAGGAAGACAACUGUCCUAAUUGGAUUUAGUGGUGAACAGAAAAAUACCUCGGGAGAGAUCGAGCUGCCUGUGUAUGCUGAAGGAGUCAACUUGUGCACCAGGUUCCUGGUGAUUGACUCCCCUUCUGCCUACAACGUCAUCCUCGGCAGGCCAUGGAUCCAUGAGAUGGAAGUUGUACCUUCAACUUACCACCAAGCUUUAAGGUUUCCAACCAAAUGGGGGCCGAAAGAAAUUAGAGGGGAGCAGAAAGAUUCAAGAGAAUGCUACCGAACCACCAUGAAGGCAAAACCAGCACAGUCAUAG